GUUAGAAAAAGAGACAAACAUGACAUCAUGGUAAUCACCAACACACCGAGAACUAUGUUCGGUUUAUAUACGUUGGGUAGUUAAUUGGUGCCGUUAGAGUGGUGUCCCCAUAGACAUCGUUUAUAUAAAGGAGGAAUCACUGGAUGCACGUUCUAGUAAGAAUUUGGGUCAGCAUGGGUGUAUUCACGUUCCACCACACAAUGUGGGCAUGUAUUUUGCACUGUUUCGUGGUUACACUGGGUAGCACAAUUUCCGCUACAACAGCUACGGCCUCUGGAUUAUCUCUGAGAGAUUUUGACAAGGUGGAUAAAUUUGUCCCGGAAUCGAUAUCAGGAAAACAAAGGAUGACAAUACCGCAUUUUUUACAAAAGUUUAACGGAGAUUAUUCACUGAGUUCUGCUUUGAGAUUGCCGUUAAAGCACAGGAUAAUUUCACAGAAGUCAAACGCUUCGAAAACACAGUUGCAUCAUCCUUCAGGUAAGAAUUCAUUGCCUUUCUACAAGGUGAAGCAAGAAGUUAACGGCAGGUUACAAAAUGGGUAUGACAAUAAGCAAAUGCAAGACCUUGGACACCAGAGAGGAAGGAAUGGCUAUAAUAAUACCAGUAACACCCACAAAGCACUUGAAAUGGUAGGACCACCUCUUACCCUCAAUGCUCAAUUGAAAGGGCGCAAUACACCUCACAAUGGUAGGAUGGGGGAGUUGUUUCACUCAUCAAAAGGUCCUGUUAUACCAACCGCAAGGGUUGUGGGAAGAAAACCAAAGAAAGACAGUCCUCUCACGAAUUACAGCAACAAAAGAUUGCCUCUCACAAAGCAAUUGAAGGACGCAUCAGCUCUAAGAGAGAAGACGCCUUUAGACGAAGAAAUAAUCGUGAUGGGAGCGCCAUUAAUAUUCUCUAGAGGAAAUAAAAAUGUUCUCACCAUCUCAAAACAUACGGAAGGAAAUGCAAGUAACAUUUUUCGGAAUAGAACUACUUCCUUUCAUCAGAAAGCUUAUACCCCUCAGAAAAUUCAAAGAGUGAAUAAGACAAAUACGUCUCUGAAUCAGUUGGCUUUGCAUACCAAUACGACACUUAGAAAUGACAAGGAGAGUAGUUUAGCAAUGAGUCCUAAAAACAUCCAAAAUCACACCCCUUCUGCUGGGAGUUUCCACAAACAAGAAAAUAAUAAAAUGGAAAAUCUCUUGAGACACAACCGAAAUAAAACUUCAAAUCAAAGCGGAAGUCAUAAAGAAACAUUUGGAAAUAGAACAGUAGCAAUCGCAGGUAAUUUUCUUCCUAAUAACGUAAGUUUAAAGCAUCUUGACUCGGCUUACUUUGACAAACAAACAUAUUCUAAAAGUGGGAAUCAACUCCAGAGCAUAGAACAGAAACAAACAGACUUUAACUAUGAGACUGAACAGGGCUCUAAUGCUAUUAUUAAAGAAGAAAGCCUUGGUAAUAAUACUUCUGGUCACCAAGAAUACAACGCAAAAGAAAAUCACGGCAGUGAAGAAACCAACUCCAUAUCCACAGAUAAGGUUGGUUACGGACAAGAAAACCUUCCACCUUUUCCUGAAGAAAAUCCUGAGGAAGGAGAAGCGGAUGGUCAGUUUCAAGGUAAAGCGAUAACCCCAGCUUCAAACCAGAGGUACAUGCCAGUUGAUGACUUUGGAUCCCCUUUUUAUGGAAACGAGACAGACGAGUACUUUCAGCGAGACGCCCUUGCCGCUCACAACAGGUAUCGAGCCUUACACAAUGCUCCUCCUCUGCAACUAAGCCAAGAGCUGUCCGCGGAGGCUGAAAAGUUUGCCAAAAAACUAGCUAGAAUGGGUGUUGCGCAGCAUGAACUAAACCGUAACCUUCGGAAGGAGAGUGAAGGUGAUAAUGUGGCAAGAGGAUGCAGCGAGUGGGGAGGAUUGACAUCUGCUGGAGCUGUCCAUAGAUGGUAUAGCCAAGUCUGUUAUUUUAACUGGAGCAAGAGCGCCAUUCAACCCGAAGCCAAGAAUUUCAUGCAGUUAAUAUGGAAAGGAACCAGUCACAUGGGAAUAGGAAGGGCAUUUGGCAAACGCCGUGGCCUACCCUGCACUUUCAUCGUAGCACGCUACAGACCUGGUGUGAUGAAUGCAUUCGAAAUGGACAGUAACGUAGAUAAGGGUUCAUUCCUGUCUUCAUAUUGUAAUGCGGAUAAGGACGAAGGCUUAAUGUCAACAGGAUAUCCAAGUACAUUUUUCCAGGAGGGAGCUACUAAACAAGAUAACCAACCAUUUCCUGAAGCUCAACCUCUUGGUAGUUUCCAAUACACCGCAGUUCCUCCAAGUAGCGUAUCGUUCGUCCCUCUGGGUCCAUGGGAAAAAAUUAUGGAUACACAAGAUGUGCGAGACUUAUCGCGGGUACAACCCAACACCAAGACACUUUACAGUUUGUCACCUCGUGUAAAUUUACCAGAAGCUACCCUUGACGACGAUAUGGACAAUGAGGAUGAUGCCUCGAUCACGGGAGAUGAUGAUGACUGGAGGAGGACAUAUAAGUCACCCACGGAUAAUGAUGACAUAGUCAUUGAUGCAAAGAAGUCUACAAUAAAGAAGACAGAAAAAACCUCUCGAAGAAAGGAAUGAACAUUAAAGGCAAAGACAGUUUAAUAUACACUAAAUGUAUGGUCCCAAGGGAAACAGUUUUUGUUUCGAGGGAAAACAAAACUAACUAGUUUCCCGCGGGAUCAUACAUUAAGUGCUUUGUUAUAUAUUUAGACUUUCCCUCAAACAAUCAUAUGGCAAAAACAAACAAACAAAAACCGCACAACUUCUUUACUAACAAUCGUCAAUCCUGCUGAAUGAAUAAGUCCUAACUUAACUUCAAAUGUUUCGAAGUACAUGGAAAAGUAAAACAUGCUUUUUAUAACCUCAAUAAGGAAUACAAAAUCAUUUGGAAUUGUAACAAUUGAAGGUAACAUUUGCUCCAGAAUAAACUUUAAUAUUGUUUUAUUCGGCGCGCGGGCAACAACUGCGCAAUUGUAUCCCGGUCGGGAUCUAUUUGAAGUUGAUCAGUAGCACGUGACCAAGAAUCAACCAAUCACCGUGCUCGUUUUGUUGGGGAAAGUCUAGGUAUAUAACAACAACAAUUAUGACCGUACUGGAGCCCUUAUGAUCACGUGGUUAGCUAGGCGUCAAAACAUUCUAAAUUUGUUCACAAGUGAUCUCUUAAAUCAUCACUAAGAUUUUAUUCUUUUGCUAGGCAUAAUAUUCAAGGAGCAAACUUUCGCCAUGGGCCAAAUUUGAUUCCAAACCUAUACGACAGAAACUUUCAACUCCCUCAAAGGAAUCCUAUCAAAACCUUUAUAUUACUUACCUCUGAGGUUAUAGCGGCAGGCUGUAGACUACAUUGUACGUUAACAUGCUCUAAAUUAAAUAAGUGAAAGAAACUGUG